CAAAAACUGUUUGCUAGUUUGUAAAUGUAAAACCUCUGGUUUUUAUAUUCCAUCUGAAGCCUGACUGGGUUAUGCUCAAUAAUAAUGAUCCUUAACGAAAGCUAAAAUUCUGAAAUGGUCCAGUCAGAUUCCAGAAUUAAACCCCAACAAAGUAUGGUUAAAGUGUCAGGAUCUGUGGAACACAUUUCACGCUUCAACGCCUACAAAUGUCACUGGGCUGAAGCAGUUCUGCAAGCAGAAGUGUGCCAAAAUUCCCCACGUAUAAAUAACUACAGUAAACAUUUGGUUGCGGUUAUUGCUGCUAAUGGGGGUGCAACCAGAUACUGGCUACACCUCCAUUAGCAGCAUUACAUACAAAUAGCGCUGAAUGUUUUAUAACCAUCUUUAAUGAAUGCAUGAAAGAUUCAACUUGUUGUGUUGUUUAUAAGAAUUCAUGAAAGAGUUCGGAUGAAAUUCCAGGGGAAGGGGGCAAAAACUUUUUCCAAACCGUUGUUCUUGCCAGUUCAAUGCAGUUUAUGUGUACUGGGUUUUAAUUUUUCUUAUGAGGUGUCACACAUUAUCUUCUCCAAUGGAAUAAGAAAAUCUUGACACACUUCCUCUUACGUCAGUACCGGGGUCGAAUCGCGCUCCAGGAGAUUGAUGUUACAUAAUGCAAUGUUUCGGCAUUCAUCAGAAGAUAUCAUGUGUCGGCCUAGACUUCGCUGAGUGAUGUAUACACCGAGUAAAUACAGGAGCCAAUCAGAAGACAGCUCUCCCAAGGGUAAUUUCAAGCGGGAGGGAGGGCUAAGUAUCCCCUUGUGACCCAACUGGGCAAUGAAGGGCUCAAAGGAACAAUGGCCUCCAAGCAGUCAGAUCUUGCAGAAGACUUGUCAUGUCCCAUCUGUGGAAGUAUCCUGCAAAAGCCCGUAGUGCUGUUUUGCAGACAUCACUUCUGUAAACACUGUUUGGAGAGCCUGUGGAUUGGUGGGGGAUCUUGCGAAUGCCCCCUCUGCUGUCAGCCAUCAUCUAUGGGGGAGCUCAUAGUCAACGCCACACUUGCGAAGACCUGCGAAGGCUUUCUGGAGCGCUGCAGAAAUGACCCUCUUGCUUGCAAGGAACAUGGCGAAGCCUUGACACUCUUCUGUUUGGAGGACCUGGAACCCACUUGUAGCAAAUGCAAAUCUUCUGCCCACCACAAGGGUCACAGGUUAUACCCCUUAAAUGAAGCUUCACAUGACUGCAAGGAGGAACUCAAAAAUGCUUUGAAACCACUUCAGGAAAAACUAAAGCUCUUCCGGAAGGCAAAACUCACUUGCGAGCAAACAAUACACCACAUUAAGAGUCAGGCAGAGAACGCCGAGAGGCAGAUACGAGAGGAGUUUGAGGCUCUGCACCAGUUCCUGCGAGACGAGGAGGCAUCCAGGCUUUCCAUGCUGAAGCAAGAGAAGGAUCAGAAAAGGCAGAUGAUAAAUGAUAAGGUUGAAGAUUUGGAGAAUGACAUCACUUCACUUAGCAACACUAUCAGAAUAGUUGAACAGGAGAUGAUGUCUAAGGAUGUACCAUUCCUCAAGAAUUAUAAAGACACCAUAAAGAGAACCUGGCGUAUUCCCCAGGAUCCACAGAUGAUAACAGGUUCCCUGCUCGAUAUAGCCAAACAUCUAGGCUCACUGAAGUUUAAAGUCUGGGAAAGAAUGAUGGAAAUCAUUCAAUAUACUCCAGUGACCCUCGAUCCAAACACUGCGGCAAGCUGCUUCCUCCUGUCAGAGGAUCUGACUACAAUACAGUGCUGCGCUCAGACCUUCAAACUCCCAGAAAACCCUGAGCGCUUUGACAUAGGUGCAGAGGUGCUGGGCUACGAGGGCUUCAGCUCGGGGCGACACAGCUGGGACGUGGAGGUCAAAAACAACACCUACUGGGUCAUUGGAGUCGCAAGCGCAUCCAUCAGCCGGAAGGGAAAGCACGUGUUGACCCCUGCAGAGGGCUUCUGGACCAUUAGGCUACGAAACGGAGAGUAUAAAGCCUGCACCGCCCCAUGGUCCCCGCUCACUAUGACUAAGGAGCCGCAGGUGGUGAGGAUCGUGUUGGACAUGAACAGGUCAAGAGUGACUUUCUACGACCCACGAGAAAGAACGCCUCUCUUCACCUUCAUGGACAUCAUCACUCCGAGAGCAUUCCCAUACUUUUGCAGCGCCUGUAAGGAGCACCCCUUGAAAGUGCUGCCAGCCUGGAUCUCUAUCAAGACAGACUGAUGAGAAGAACGUCCCUCUCAGCAUUUCUUUCCUCUAGUCUCUCCUCGUGUUUCUUUUGAGUGAGCUAGGAUGGAAAUACACUUCAGUUCUACUUGUUUCGGAUUUCGAACCUGACGACCUGGACAGCUUACUUAAAGGGGUGUCGAGAUAUACCCAUAUUGAAGAUGAUAUUGACAUUGGGAAAAAUUAAUAUUAAAUGUUGACUGUAUUACACUAUAAUGCUGGUUGUUACUUA